GUAAAACAUGGCUAUUCCAAGAGAGUCUGGUGUACACUUAUAGGAAAGACAUUAUAUUAUUUUCGUAGUCAAGAAGAUAAGUUUCCUUUAGGUCAGAUCAAACUCUGGGAGGCCAAAGUUGAAGAGGUUGACAGAUCUUGUGAUUCAGAUGAAGACUAUGAAGCCAGUGGACGGAGUCUGUUAUCAACACAUUACACCAUCGUUAUCCAUCCCAAAGACCAAGGCCCGACUUACCUCCUCAUUGGAUCCAAGCAUGAAAAGGACACUUGGCUUUAUCAUCUGACUGUUGCAGCUGGAAGCAACAAUGUCAAUGUUGGAUCUGAAUUUGAGCAACUCGUUUGCAAAUUGCUAAACAUAGAAGGGGAACCUUCCUCUCAGAUAUGGAGACACCCCACUUUGUGUCACAGCAAAGAAGGAAUCAUUUCUCCUCUGACAACACUGCCAUCGGAAGCUCUACAGACGGAAGCCAUUAAAUUGUUUAAGACCUGCCAGCUUUUUAUAAAUGCUGCAGUUGACUCCCCCGCGAUUGAUUACCACAUAUCUCUAGCCCAGAGUGCUUUGCAAAUCUGUCUGACACAUCCUGAGCUACAGAAUGAAAUUUGCUGUCAGCUUAUUAAACAGACAAGACGAAGACAGCCGCAGAAUCAACCAGGACCAUUGCAGGGCUGGCAGCUCUUGGCACUCUGCGUUGGGCUCUUCCUUCCCCAUCAUCCUUUCCUGUGGCUCCUCAGGCUUCACCUCAAGAGGAACGCAGAUUCCAGGACAGAAUUUGGAAAAUAUGCCAUUUACUGCCAGCGCUGUGUGGAAAGAACGCAACAGAACGGAGACCGAGAAGUGAGACCCUCAAGGAUGGAAAUUCUUUCGACCCUUCUGCGAAACCCAUAUCAUCAUUCUUUGCCCUUCAGUAUACCAGUGCACUUCAUGAAUGGAAUUUAUCAGGUAGUUGGGUUUGAUGCAUCCACCACAGUGGAAGAAUUUUUGAAUACUUUGAACCAGGACACUGGAAUGAGGAAGCCAGCACAGUCUGGAUUUGCACUGUUCACUGACGAUCCCUCUGGCAGAGAUUUAGAGCAUUGUCUUCAAGGAAAUAUCAAGAUUUGUGACAUUAUUUCUAAGUGGGAACAGGCUUCCAAAGAACAGCAGCCUGGAAAAUGUGAAGGUACAAGAACUGUUCGCCUAACUUACAAAAACAGACUAUAUUUCUCAAUGCAAGCCCGUGGAGAGACUGAUAGAGAAAAGUUGCUGUUAAUGUAUCAGACAAACGAUCAAAUAAUAAAUGGGCUUUUUCCUCUGAACAAGGAUCUAGCAUUAGAAAUGGCAGCUCUUUUAGCUCAGGUGGAGAUUGGAGAUUUUGAAAGACCCUUCUCGACUCCCGCAGGACAUGUUACCAACCAGUGCAAAGCAAAUCAAACUCUGAAACAAGUCAUAGAGAAAUUUUAUCCUAAAAGGUAUAGAGAUGGCUGUUCUGAAGAGCAGUUAAGGCAGCUUUGCCAGCGAUUGUCGACAAGAUGGAUGGCCCUCCGGGGCCACAGCGUUGCUGAUUGUGUGCGCAUUUACUUGACAGUAGCCAGGAAGUGGCCAUUCUUUGGUGCCAAAUUGUUUCUUGCAAAACCUAUAACUCCUUCAGCACUUGGAAGUACUUUUAUGUGGCUGGCUGUACACGAGGAUGGUUUAAGCAUCUUGGAAUACAACUCCAUGAGGCUAAUAGUCAGCUACGUGUACAAGAGUCUAAUGACCUUUGGAGGUUAUCAAGAUGAUUUUAUGGUAGUCAUUAACAAUGAACAUUCUAAGGAUAAACCAACAGAGAAGUUACUUUUUGCCAUGGCAAAACCCAAGAUUCUUGAAAUCACUCUUUUGAUCGCCAGUUACAUAAACAACUUCCACCAGCAAAAGGCAGCAUUUCACCACCUCUCUGCUCCAGCGCUGCUCUCGGCCCGGACCCGGGGACCCCAAGCCAGGGCGAUGGGGAGCCAGCCUCUACUGUCAAGCAGCAGACCAACCAAAGGCCCCACCUUACUCUGAACGCACAAGAGCCUGAACAUUCAUUUACUUGUCCUCUGCACAGUGGCCGUGUCUACUCCCAAGUUCAUCUGUACCUGGCAGCCUGGCAUCCACACACUGGUGUUCUAGAUCUGACAACGAUGGGUUUACUCUCUUUUAUUUGAUUCUUAAAUAUUCACAUGGAUAUUAACAAUAAAACAAACACAAAA